AGGCCUAAAUGACAUUCGAUUUCUUCAGGUUGUAAUAUCAACUUUCACACUUCACAGUCACAGUAGAUCAAGACAAGCAGCUAGUCGGAGAGACGACCUACAGUGGUAAAAGUUUAAAGACCCUCCCUUGCCCGCAACCCACUGUCUAAAAUGUUUGUAAUUAGAGGAAUAUUAAGACGUGGGUUGCUUUCAGCAACAGAAUUGCAUUCUUCAAUCCAAAGAGCAUGCCUGCGAUGUCUUUCAACCAGCCUCGCUGAGGUAGGAGUGCUUGAACCUCCAAGAGAACACGGCAAACCUUACGACACGGGACAGCUUUUUUUACACAAAAUAUUCGGCUACAGGGGUAUUGUUCUAUUUCCAUGGCUAGCUCAUGUGUACGACAGAGACACCUCGUCAAAGACAGAUGAAAGUAGGUCUUUUGAUGAUCAGACAUCUGCUGUUGGGAAGGAAGUAAAAGGUAGACACCACAUGUACUACCAAGUGUUGAUAGAUGCCAGGGACUGCCCACACAUAAGAGCUCAAACAGAAGCUGUGACCUUUCUUGGCAAUCAGGAUAACAGUCGAGCGUUGUAUGCUAUUCCAGGUCUAGACUAUGUUGCACAUGAAGAUGUGCUGCCUUACAACAGCCCUGAUCCUGGCCCUAUACAACAUGAACUCUUCGACAAAUUUCUUGUUAAUGAACCAGAAAACAAUCCACCGUUCAUUGCUCGUGAGACGUUGCGGGCAUGGCAGGAGAAGAACCACCCGUGGCUGCAGCUUUCUGAUGUUCACAGGGAGACAACUGAGGGAAUACGGGUCACAGUGAUUCCAUUCUACAUGGGCUGUCGGGAGGCUCAACAGACUCACGUCUACUGGUGGCGUUACUGUGUACGGCUGGAGAACCAAGGGGAGGAGCCUGUGAGGUUGAGGGAAAGACAUUGGAGGAUUUUCAGCUUAUCAGGAACUCUCGAGACGGUCCGGGGGCGUGGGGUGGUUGGACAGGAACCUCUGCUCUCUACAGACCAGCCAGCCUUUCAAUACAGCAGCCAUGUGUCUCUGCAGGCGCCAAGUGGACAUAUGUGGGGCACUUACAAGAUGGAGAGGAGAGACGGCACCAGCUUUGACUGCAAAAUCCCACCUUUCUCCCUGGAGAGUAAAUCUGAUGACAGUCCGCACCAUUUCAUCGGGAACUAAAAAUGUGCAUUCUGGGAGAAAAAGUGCUGAUUGUUUUGUUUUGCUGUGACUGCUGCAUGCUGUUUUUGUAUAGUUCUCGCUCUGUUUAAUAGGAUGUGCGCUCGACGUUACUUAUCAGAUUCAAUAGUUGUGCCAUGAUGUCCUUUAACUUCAAAUUCAUCAGCAAAUUUUUCAAAUGUUCUGAGCCUACUAAGCAACAUUUUUCAGGAGAGAAGUUACGAAAAACUGUUUCAUUCAUUUAGAGACUAUCUAUAUUAUGUAUCUUUUCUUGCUUUUUUUUUCUCCAUAAUUUAUACUCUGAAUUCCAACAAAUUAUUUCUUGAGUACGUGCAAUAGAUACCACAGAUUGUAAAACUGCUAUUUUUUUUAUUUCAAAAUUUUUAGUUUAGUACACCUGAAUGGCUGGCUGACGAAAUGCUUUUUUACUGUUUUUGUUGAGAUAAAGGUGUGAAGUCCUCAAGUAUUCAAUGUGUAUUAUUCAUCGCAAGAUGUUUUGACACAAGUUCCACUUCUCAACUUCAUUGAAGUACUGUAGCGUCGAAUGCAUACCUUAUUAAGGUUGCUGUUGAACGAUCAAGGAGGCAAGAAAGUGAAACCCACAAUUUCCGUGCAGAUUAUGUUGAAUGAAAUUCUGAAGAUGUACACAAGGAAUAAGAAUUGGCUGUCACAAAUUCUGUUGAUAAAGAAAUAUUGUUCACUCUU